AGAUAUCUACCAGUCACAGUCAAUGAACAGCCUAGAACCCAAAUCAAUUUUACAAUGCCUGUGGUGCCAUAUGACCAGAUGUUCCCUUUCUUGUUUCACGAAAUUGACCAAGACAAAGCCGGUGAACUUAAAGAUUUAUUUGACAAAUAUAAGAGAAAUGAAAUACCCAGAAAUACUUUUUACUCGCUUAUGAAAGACAUUGUGGGGGAGGAGCUGCUUUUAUCAGCAUCAGAAAAACUGCAACAGGUCAAUGAACUGUUUAGAACCCAAAUCAGUUUUAGUUUGCCUGUGGUGCCAUAUGACCAGAUGUUCCCUUUCUUGUUUCCCGAAAUUCACAAAGACGAAGCCAAUGAAAUUCAAGCUUCAUUCGACAAAUAUAAGAGAGGUGAAAUACCCAAGUAUGAUUUUGUAUCGCUUAUGAAAGGCAUUGCAGGAGAGGAGAAGUUUAGAUCAGCAGAAGCAAAACUGAAACAACAGAACAGAAAUCUGCUGGUCCCAGUCAACGAACAGCCUGAAACCCAAAUCAAUUCCAGUGAACAGGUGUUGCCAUUUGACCAGCUGUUUUGUUUCUUGAUUUCCCAUAUUAACCCAGACAAAGCCAUUGGACUUCAAACUUUAUUUGAUAAUUAUAAGAGAGGUGAAAUAGGCGAGCAUACUUUUGUUCCUUUAAUGAAAGGCAUUUUGGGGGACCAGAUGCUUAGAUCAGUAACAGCAAAAGUGAAACAAAAGAAAAGAAAUCUGCUGGUCCCAGUCAACAAACAGCCUAGAACCGAAAUCAAUUCCGAUGAACUGGUGUUGCCAUUUUACCAGCUGUUCCCUUUGUUGAUUUCCCAUAUUGACCCAGACAAAGCCAUUGAACUUGAAGCUUUUUUUGACAAAUAUAAGAGAGGUGAAAUAGCUGAGCAUACUUUUGAAGCGCUUAUGAAAGGCAUUUUGGGGGAGCAGAUGCUUAUAUUAGCAACAGCAAAACUGAAACAACAGAAAAUAACCAACGCAGGUUCUUCUGGCACAUCUCUCUUAAGUACGAAUGCUGCUAUAAACCAUUCUCAUAAUACUUGUGUUUGAGCAGGGUGUGUAGGUGUUAUUUAUUCCACAUUAACCUUAUUAAAGUGUUGUUGGUAUGUGUGUGAUUUUAAGAUAGCAAGUUGUGAGUUGGCUAAAUGUUGAUGGAUUUUGUCAGCUUCAUUUUACCUUGUUCUUUGCUCCUACUUAUUAUGUGAAAAUGUGAUUUAGUCAUGCAAUUUAUUAGAAUGGAUUUCAAAGUUCAUGAACCUGAUUGGUUUAUCUGUCAUGAGUUUGUGAACCUGAUAUUGAAGUUCAUGAACCAUAUAUAUGUAGUAUUCAAAUAAUCUUUACAUAAUUGAAUUCUAGAUCAUGCAUCCAUGUUUACCAGAUUCA